AUGUUUUCGUUUGAAUUUAACGAUUUUUUGGUAGUUGCACGAGUUGGCAGCCCUAAAAGUGGUAGACGCCUGAGUCCAAGAGCUGCCAGCUCGUUGGAAAAACGUGCGCCCAAGAUAUUGAGAAACUGCCACCACCAGCGAGCAGCUGUCGCGACUUAUCGAAGCACUGCCAUCUCAAUUGGAUUUGUGGGGGAGAUUUUCCCGUGGACGGCCAGCGGCGCCCUUUGGCGCAGUUGUGGCCCACUAUUCCGCGCUGCCUCAGCCCCCAGACCACCCCGGAGCAACAAUCCGACCACAGAGAAGACCAACGCUGGAUAUGGAUCUCCCAAGGGCCAUCAAGAAUCUGCGCUAUUUUGCCGACUGAUCAUUCGCUGGAACUUCCCCAUUCUGAUGAAGGCCUGGAAGCUGGGACCCACACUGGCUACCGGUAACACCAUCUUCCUAAAGCCAGCCAGUCAAUGUGGCCGGCGCUGCCCUAGCCAAGCUCAUCCGGCCACACGAACCUGA